GAGCUGACAAUGACCCCUGGUCGUCCUUGCGCCCAUGUGCUCCAAGGCUCGAGGCUCCCCUGAACUCCGGGCCUUUCGUACGGCUGUGGGAUGAUUGAUGGCCAUCAACGGUCUGCAGCUUCCGGUUCACGCCUCAGGCCAUGAUGUGCAACAAUCCUGCUGCUCGUUGUGUGUGUCGACUGCGGAUGUCGCCCACAUCCCGUCUGUUACUUUUUCAGGGUCAUCAUCUUGCCUGCUACCACCUUGGAUAAGUAGAGCAUCCCCGUUGGAGUAUCCACUGGUAGCCAGCCGGCAGAGAGACCAGCAAGGGGUAGCUUUUAACGUCACUGCCAAUGGGUCGAGGUCAGCUGCCCCUCCGAUGGGCACUGAUAUCCGAGCAGUCCCCAUGGCGCUCGUGCUCCUGCUGGUGCACAUAGUGACUUGUCGAUCCCUCAAAUCCGACCAAGGUGUGUGGUGGCUUUUCGACUCCAACGACCAGGAACGUGUUCCGAAACACCAAACGUGGCGCAUUCCGAUGCCUUGGGGAUAUCUAACAGUCAGCCUUUGCCGUUGCUGCGGGUGCCGAGACGGCUUCUUCCCACACAUCAUCUCCUCCGCUUGAUGCUGAGAUAGCGCGGCAUCGCGGUCAUCGUCAUCGACAUCGACGUCGUCAUCGUCGUCGUCGUUGUCGUCGCAGAGCAGCGUAGGGGGUAGUCAUUGGUGAAGAUUUGGCGGUCCGGAUAUGCCUGUCAGGGGUCCAGGAAAAGAUUCCAGCCAAACAGAAGUCGGCAGCCACGUGUUGCCCCAUACUUGGGCUUCGUAUUCCACCAGACCCACGGCCAGUCAACAGUUAUGCUGCUGCGUGGGCAAAGUCUAUAGCCCAAUCUCAGAGUCCAAAGGUACGUGAUCGCCGGGCGCUGAAAUGCGUUUUCCCCGCCUCGUCCGCAAAGCACCUACGUAGCAUCCUGUUGCCGGCUUGGCCUUCCAGGCACGGGAACAAGCCCAGUCAUGCUGCUAGCAAG